AUGGGUACUGAUAUGGGUACUGGCAUGGGCACUGACAUAGGUACUGGCAUGGGCAUUGCCCUGGGCACUGGCAUGGGUACUGGCAUGGGCAUUGCCCUGGGCACUGGCAUGGGUACUGAUAUGGGUACUGGCAUGGGCACUGACAUAGGUACUGUCAUGGGCAUUGCCCUGGGCACUGGCAUGGGUACUGACAUGGGCAUUGCCCUGGGCACUGGCAUGGGUACUGGCAUGGGCAUUGUCCUGGGCACUGGCAUGGGCACUAUCACAGGCAAACUUCUCAACUGCAUGACGAUAUGCAAAUAUCGGUUCGUGUUUAUUAUAUGA